AUUUGAAUCUUUUCGUUCCUCCCCGUCGCCGCCGUUCCGCCGCUCCCUCCGGUCCUUCGACUCCUUCCAGUCCGAUUGCCGAGAACGCGACGCGACGUGUGUAUGUGUGUUCCUCUGUGACCGUUUUAUGCAUUCUUUGCCGGGUUUCCCGCUCUGCGACCGCUCAAACGUUGUCCGGUCUGUCGUUUCCGUCUCGGCGGCCGUCACCGUUGCCAGCGGCUUGUGAUCUCCGUAAAAUUUUUACGCGCGCAGCGUGCCGUCUCGUUUAAAACAAUAAUAUUAUAAUAUAUAUAUAUAUAUUAUUGCAAUACUCUCCCGACCACCGACCUCGUACGAUUGCCGACUAGUUCGUUUUAUCGUUUUCAAGCUUUGUGUGUACAUACAUAACAGCGUCGUCAUCGCAGCACUCUCGUUUUCCGAUGACAUGUUGUUUUUACUUUGAUAUCAACUCUUCGGUUGGUCACGAGGUUGUUGCAAGCGAUGCCGUAGCGGUGGUGCGGUGCCGGAAUGACAAACAGCCCUGGGGCCUACCAUGCCGCCGCCGAAAACAACCGUAACAUCGGUCACGCAGCUGCGACGUCUACAUCGACGACAGCGCAGGGACGCCGCAGUCAGACAGACGCUUCUCACUACAUCAUGCCAGCGGACCCCCACAGUUGUUGUGACCCCGCUCCGACUGUGCUUUCGGGCGCCGGCAUAUGUCUAAUAGUGUUGGGCUACACGAUGUUCGGCGCUUUCACGUUCAUGACGUUGGAAAAUGGUGGUCGAGACAGUAUGCAAUCAAUUCGAGGUGGUCAACAGCAGCAUCAGCAACCACAACCCCAACCCCAGACCCAGCAACAGCAGCAACAACAACAGCAGCACAAUCAGCCGCAACAGCAUCAGCAACAGCAACAACACCACCAGCAACAGCAACAGUCGCAGUCGCAGUUCUUACUAGCACGGAACGACAAACUCAGGGCGCAGACUGUUGAGAAGCUGUGGAAGAUCACCGAAGAUCUGAACAUCCUUUAUCGAGAUAACUGGACUAGGCUAGCCGAAGAGGAAAUCCUCAAGUUCCAAGACUCGUUGAUCCGGAAGUACGGUGGUCCCAAUCAAGUAGACCGAAGACAUCGGUGGAAUUUUGCAUCAUCGUUCUUGUACUCAUUGACAUUGAUCACCACUAUUGGUUACGGUAGCGUGACGCCGCAGACGCCGUGGGGCCGGGUGAUCACGAUCGUGUACGCUCUGAUCGGCAUACCGCUCAUGUUGCUGUACCUGUCCACGAUGGGCGAGACGCUGGCCAAGAACUUCCGGCGCAUCUACUCGAGAAUGUGUUCGCCCGGAAACCGGGACGACAGGGACGACGGCGGUGGCGGACGUGAUAAACAGGGCAAGCGAGCGCCACCCAACACGGUGUCCAGCAAUCACGUGGGCAGCGGCGGCGACUAUUACCGUCACCGGUACGAGUUCGAAACCGUCUCGGGCGCGGCCGCCUACGCGGACGCCGCGGCCGUGAGCGUGUCGAGCGGCGGUAGCGGCGGCGGCGGUGGCGGCGGACAGAAACGCGUGCCCGUGCUGUUGUCGCUGUCCGUGGUCGCGGCGUACGUGGCGCUCGGCGCGUUCAUCUACCAAAAGCUCGAGCGGUGGACUCUGCUGGAAGGCUCGUACUUCUGCUUCACGAGCCUGGGCACCAUCGGGUUCGGCGAGCUGGUUCCGGGCGGCGUUGAGUCCACCAAGGACGUGUCCGUGUUCGUGUCGUCCGGCUACAUACUGGUCGGCAUGGCCGUGGUGGCCAUGUGUUUCCAGCUGUUGCAGGACGAACUGGCCGCCAUGUCGCGCAACUGCCGGUGGUGCUGCUGUUGGUGGUGGAUGUGGUCGCAGCAGCAGCAGCAGCAGCAUCACCAGCUGCAGCACCACCGCCUGCAGAACCAUCACAACCACAACCAGCCGCAGCCACAGGACCAGCAGCAGAAGCAUCACAGGUCCAGCGGCGAUUUGAUCGUGUAG